AUGAGGGGAGAGAGAGAGUUUGGAUUUGACAUGGUCGAGAUGAGAGUUGUGUGUGUGAUCCUCUGCUUCUUCUUCGUUGCAUUUGUGCUUCAAACUGAUUCUUCCUCAUCGUCAGUAGUUCUGACGCUUUCAGAACACAAGACACUCGUGUCUCCUGGAGGAAUCAUGGAGCUAGGAUUCUUCCAGAAUCAAGGAGAGGGUUGGUAUCUUGCGAUAUGGUACAAGGGGGACGCUGAGAAAACUUGUUUGUGGGUAGCCAACCGAGAUACACCGCUCAUCGGACCAAAAGGAACACUAAAAAUAUCAAAAAGCAACCUCGUCCUUUUCAAUCACGAAAACAACCCUGUCUGGUCGACCAAUGUGAGCGGGCAAGGUGUGGGAACGGUGGCGGAACUUCUCGACAACGGCAAUUUCGUGCUCAGGAGCCCCAGCAAGAAUGGGUUUUUGUGGCAGAGCUUCGAUUUCCCGACAGAUACUCUGGUGCCGGGGAUGAAGCUUGGGAUGAAAGGUACACCGAAAAUCCUGAGAUCCUGGCUAACUCAGUUCCAACCGUCAAAGGGGAUGUACGAUUUUCAACUUAGAAACCAGUCGGGGCUCUUUGAGCUUUUUGUUUGCAGAACAGAUGCUUCAAAGUGCAUGUACCGAAGCGAUCCAUGGGAUGGAUACGGGUUCGGUACUAUUUCAGAGUUAGCACAAGACUCGGAUUCCACAUUCGUAAUGAAAGGGCCAGUGAACUCGAGAUUAACAUUGGGUUGGGAAUCAGGGGAUGUUAAGCUAUUUACAUGGAUACCAGAAAAACUGGAAUGGGUUUUCGAAUGGUCUUCUAUCUCUCAUCCCUGCGAUAAUUAUCAUAUAUGUGGAUCUAAUAGCUUCUGUUUCAUGCACUCACAAGUAGAGGAUGAAUUAUGUUAUUGUUUGAAAGGUUUCUAUUUAGUUGGCGGGUAUAGUAACGCUUACUGUAAGAGGAGGACACCGCUGACCUGCGGGGGAGAUGGGUUUUUCCCGAUCAAGAACAUGAAGCUCCCGGACACCAAAAAUGCAAUUCUUGAUAUGGAAAUGGACUUUAAAGAUUGUGAGGAGACAUGCUACAGAGAUUGUGGGUGUACUGCGUUUGCGCAUAUGCAAGUCGAAAAAGGCCGGCUCGCUUGUGUGAGAUGGUCCGGAGACCUCGAGGAUAUGCGAAAUUACACCAUCGGCGGGAAAGACCUCUAUGUCAGAGUCUCCGCUAAGGAUCUGCUGGAGGAUGAGACAAAGAAUGAAGGCAAAGGCCUGGACUCAUGGAUUAUCGGACUCAUCGUUGGAGCAGUUCUUGCCGGACUUUCUUUGUUUUGCUUCGUUGGCUUCUGUUAUUGGAAGAAGCAUAAAAGUAAAACACAAGGGUCAAUCCAGACAAACAUUGCCAUGACCGAAAUAGCUGGACCAGAUAGGUUUCAGUUUGUGGCGUUCGACGUUGUUGCGGAGGCGACAGAUCAUUUUUCAAAUGCCAACAUAAUCGGACAAGGUGGUUUCGGUACUGUUUACAAGGGAACGUUACUUGAUGGAAAAGAAAUUGCGGUAAAAAGAUUGAAAGCCAGAUCAUCACAGGGGAUGACUGAGUUUGUGAAUGAAGUAAGGCUGAUUUUACGAGUUCUACACGUGAAUCUUGUCCGACUUGAAGGAUGCUGUUAUGAGGCGGGAGAGAAGAUUUUGAUCUAUGAAUAUCUUCGCAACUCAUGCCUGAGUCGUUAUCUCUUUGAUAAAACCCAGAGCCGGUUGUUACACUGGGAGCAACGCUUCAAGAUUGCGAAGGGGAUCGCGGAGGGGCUGUGUUAUCUGCAUAACUUCACAACCCCACCGAUCCUACAUAAGGAUUUAAAACCGAGUAAUGUCUUACUCGAUCAAGAUAUGACCCCGAAGAUCUCAGACUUCGGGCUCGCUCAGAUGCUAGAAAAUGGCAUGACAGAAGCGGAAAUGGACAGACCGGCCGGAACUUAUGGUUACAUGUCGGAGGAGUACGCGGUUCAUCGUAUGAUGUCGGAAAAGUCCGAUGUGUUCAGUUAUGGUGUCAUGCUCUUGGAGAUUAUUACCGGAACAAGAAACAUAGAUUAUUGCCUUCGACACCCGGGUGAUAGUCUCCUGGACUAUGUUUGGAGUCAGUGGACCGACGGAAAGGGUCUUGAAGUUGUUGAUUCCACAUACGUUGAUGACUCGCUUGUUGGGAACGAGGUGUUGAGGUCGAUACAUGUCGCUCUACUUUGUGUGCAAGAGCAAGUGGACAGCCGACCAAAUACAAGGUCGGUUGUCUUAAUGCUCCAAAGCACACAAUCGGAAAUCACCAGACCAAGUAAACCGGAUUACUAUUAUGCGCGAAUCCUCCGUGGUGAGGCUGCUUCUUCAUCUUCGACAGCCGUCAGACAAUCCAGUACUACGAACUACGCUACCAUAUCACAACCGGAGGCUCGGUGA